AUGGGUGGUGGUGUGAUUCCUGUCUUUUGUCAAGACUAGCAUUAAAUGCAAAUAUCCACCCCUACCAGGACCAAUCACUCAGGGCAGGAAAGGAGCAGCAUAAAGUAGGUGAACGUUUUGAAAGAUCUACCAUUCAGAAAACUUUGCACUGUGGUUAGGAGAGUAGAAUGCUGUAGUCAUGAUUUUGACUGAGCAUAUUGAGAUGAAGCAGUUUACAACUGUAAACAAGUUUGCUGUGCCUAGAGCAACAACUUUGCAAUAUGAACAAGAGACUCCGGUAGACAGCAAAGCCACUGAAGCAAUUGAACAGACUCAGCAACUUGAGCACCCGCUUAUAGUUCUCCCGUUGGAGGAAGUGGAUCAAGAAACACAUGAACACCAGGAGGAGAUUGUGACACCAAAGAAUGAGAACGACUACAUACCAAUAAUUACAAGUGACAUUAAUGAGAGCAUUGAGAUCGAAAUGGAGGUGUUUCCCCCGUCAGGCCUAACUGAAAGUGAUCUGCUGGAGAUUACUCGAGAUGACUCUGCCAUGUCCCUGACACCAGAAAUAGUUGCACCAGUCCCAUCCGAACCGAUCCGACCAAGCAGCCUGAAAUGGAAGAGAAUGACACAAAAGAAGACUGGUUUGGUGGUUAAGGAUGUGAUAUGUUUGCCACAAGGCUACUAUUUGUCUCAGGAGGACAGGCACACUGUCCCAAGAGGCAAGGAGAGGUCAGAGCUAGCUGCAAUGGGCCUCAUCGCUAGGAUGACCAUUGACAACUCGUGGCUUCCUCAUCAAAUGGAGAGCCGUAUUGCCUCUCUGUUCAGUAGCCGCUUCUACAGUGGACACGACCAAACAUUCACCUUUACAUACCUUCAGUGUCUUCAAGGCUCCCGUGUGCUGUUUGUUCCAAACACUCAACUAAAGUGGAGUGGGGAAGAGGCGCUGCGGAUAGCUGGGCACGGUCCCUUGUUUAUUCUUUGUCACUUGGAUUUCAGCUCUGAGAUAGACUGUAAGUGGCAAAGAAACAGGGCACCAUUAAUAAACAGACACGAUUACUUUGUGGGUGACAAUAAAGAGAAGGUGAAAAGAAUAGAGUCUCCCCUGCCUGCCGCUACUAAUGAGGAGGAAGUGAACACCAUCCUCCAAACAUACAGAGAACAAAACACAAUGCCUGAAAUCCAAAUGAACAUGUAUCUGAGGCGGAGACACACAUUCAGAAGUGCCCUGAAAGAGAUGGGGAAAAAGUCAUUCUCCUUCAAGGCAACUCCUCUAUUCCACUUUAAAGGAGAAAAAGUUGAUGAAUGGCCUCAGAAAGAGUUUUUCAGACUCAUCAUGUUAGGAUUACAGGAGAGCAGUAUCCUGGAGGGUCGCCGGGGGCAUCUGUUAUUUGCUUAUGACCAGACUGCUCUGGAGGAGAGGAGGUACUAUACUGCAGGAGUCAUGGUAGCCUGGUCCCUGCUUCAUGGGGGUCCUGGACCAUACUGCCUACAUAAAUCCCUUUACAUGCUCAUGUGUGGCCACAGCCCUUCCCUGGAAGAUUUCAGAUGGACGGACAUUUCUGAUGUGGAUGUACAGAUGAAACUGCAGCAGAUCAGUUCCACCAGCUUCCAGAGAUUGACCCCAAACCUGUGUGAGUGGAUCGCAGACUGUGGAGUUCCAGGGAUCUACAGAUCCCAAAUUAAAGACAUGACCUCUAUCUACACCCGUAUAAUAAGACACUGGAUUUAUUACAGGGUGGCAAGCAUGAUCUCUCAGUUCACGGAGGGUCUGAACAGCUGUGGUGGCAUGUGGGAUAUCAUGAAGGCUAACUCUGCAGCUUUCAUGCCUGUGAUGACGAGGACAGAAUAUGUUCUCACCUUGAAACAGUUCAGAAGCCUCUUUGAGGUGUUGUGGAGUCCUCUGGAAUCAACUGCUCUUAGACAAGCUGAGGAAACCACAGUCACCUCUUGGGAGAGAUUCCUCAUCAUGGUCAAUGAACAUCAUACUUCCUUGUCCCUUGGGGAUCUACUGGCCUUCAUCACAGGCGAAGAUCAAAUCCCUCCUUUGGGAUUCCACAAAAAUCUAAGCAUCAGGUUCUACGACCAGGGCCAGGACCGGCACCAGGGAAUGUUUAGUGUCCAUCUACCACAUGCCUCUACUUGUGCUUUAGAGCUCCACCUUCCACGAGGUGUGGCCAGUCCUAGUGGGUUGAAGUUUAUGCUGACAAGAGCAGUGAACAAAUCUUUGGGGUUACAUUAAUGAUGACUGCUUUCAACCAGUGAUCAGUCCAACUAAAACUAUAUCAGGAGAUUCAAGCUUUGUUUUUGAUAGACCUGUCAUAGAUUUUGUUGAUUACCAUUUGGGAGGGGGCUGGGACUUUGCCCUGUUGAUGUGAGCAUGCACAUCCAUUAAUAAGGGGUCUAUCUUGAAACUUGUUACUUCAAUUGUUUGGGGUAUAAUCAAAUUUACAUAUUUAAACUCAGUAAAUACGUUUUUGUUCAAGGCAAUAUGUCUGUACAGACAUUGAAAAAAAUACAUAUAGGAACAAUUUUUGUGUUGAAAUGUGCAUGUCAUGUUUGUGUUUCAAUAAAAGGCUAUUAUGAGAAACAUUUGGGCUAUUAAAAUCUUAGGUUGUAAUGUUGUAGGAACAGGCCCGGUUCCUUGAUGAAAGUGAGGUGGUAUUUUGUUAUCAAUGGGGGGGUCAUAUCAAAUUCAUAUAUAAUUUACAGUAUUUAAGGGGAACCAGGACUGAGGGGGCUCAGAUUCUAUCUGGGGAGGCAAUGCCUGGGUUUAUGGUCAAGUACCUGGAGUACUCUGGAAAUAGCAACAUCUGACCAGAGGAAGAAAAUUCCAGGGCUAUUUGGGACUUUCUCCAGAGCCAUUGUUUGAUAGACUUGCUUGGCUGCUUUGGGUCGUUCUCUUGUUGGAAGACCCAUUUUCAACCCAUCUUUAGCUCCUUGACUGAUGGCCUGACAUUCUGUUCAAGAAUCUCCUGGUGUACCUCAGAAUUCAUAGUUUCCUUAAUGAUGUGCAGUCGAACAGGUCCAAAGGAGGAAAAACAGGCCCACAUCUUGACAUUCCCACCACAAUGCUUGACAAUGUUGGGAUAAGGUUAUUUUAGUGGUGGGGCAGCCAAAAGUAGCAGUUUUGAUAAUGACUAAUUUUGAAAAGUGAAUUUUGACUAAUCUGUCAGGAGAAUAGACUUCAAGAGAACUACAGGAUUGUUUAUGUCUCUGGCAAUGUUAAAACGGACAGUUUGGUUCUUUUGACAGCAGAGGCUUCUUCCUCCAAUGAAUGUCACUUCUGUUCAGUGUUCUUAUUGUUAAAGCAUUCUCAGUAACCUGAGAUGCAGCAAGGGAUGUCUGUAAAUCUCCAGAUGUUAUGUUUGGUUUGGCUGAUUUAUUAUUUUGAUAAUAUAUUGAUAGGGCGUCCUCUGUUCUGGUAAAUUGUUUCCAUUGGUAAAUGCCUCACAGUGGACUAAUGGAUGGAACAUCUUUCUGAGCUGGUUGUUUAGCCUUCCCCAGACUGAUGUUCUCUGAGAUAUCCUUUUCUCCUGUGUUGGCAAACCCGAACUAACCAGGUUUCAUCAGAGUACCACUCAAACUCAUUCCUACAAAUCCCUCCUUUGAUUGGUUUAUUUGGUAGACAACUAUUUCCCCACCUGAUUCUACUUACCUACUUGAUUUUACCAAUGCAACUUGGAGUUCACUUGUUUUUGCACAUUUCCUCUAACAACAUAUGGAAUUGGAAACUAUAAACCUGUUAUGUUAGAUAAAAAAAUAUGAAAUCAAGAUUUGACACUAAACAAAUCUAUGUUUAGAGGGGUUGUUAGAAUUUUUUGUAAAAUUAAAGGCUUUCCAACGUGACAGGAAAAAAACUAGCAUAAUUUUUUAUUUCUAAAUCACAAGGUGAAAAAGUUUCAAAUGUUUCUAUAAAACUGCGUAGUUGCUUCAUUGGAA